AAGACCUCCAGUAGAAACACCUCCAAGAGAACGUGUGUUUGAAGACCCCGAACACGGGCAUUUGCUAUGUCAAACACGCGCAUACAUUUUGCAUGAUGACGUCAUAGUGCAUCGCGCGCUCGUAGUUACCGGUGGGCGGGGACACGCGCUGUGCGGAAGUGUGCGGAGCUGAAGUCAUAUGACCAGGCUCGACAUGGGAUCUAGAUAUGGAUAAAAUUCCUCGGAGACGGUGACAACAUCCACGGCGAACACGAUGGAGGAGAUUAAAGUGUCUCCUGACUACAACUGGUUCAGAAGCACAGUGCCCCUGAAAAGAAUCAUAGUGGAUGAUGAUGACAGCAAGGUGUGGUCCCUGUAUGAUGCCGGCCCAAAGAGCAUCCGGUGUCCCAUCAUCCUGUUCCCACCAGUCAGUGGGACGGCGGAGGUGUUCUUCCAGCAGGUGCUGGCUCUGACGGGAUGGGGCUACAGGGUGAUCUCGCUGCAGUACCCGGUGUACUGGGAUCUCAUGGAGUUCUGUGACGGCUUCAGAAAGCUUCUGGAUCACCUGCAGUUGGAUAAAGUCCAUCUGUUUGGAGCAUCGUUGGGUGGAUUCUUGGCUCAAAAGUUUGCCGAAUGCACGCACAAGUCUCCCCGGGUGCACUCCCUGAUACUGUGUAAUUCAUUCAGCGAUACCUCCAUCUUUAACCAGACAUGGACGGCCAACAGUUUCUGGUUGAUGCCAGCUUUCAUGUUGAAGAAGAUUGUUCUGGGGAACUUUGCUAAAGGACCCGUGGAUCCUAAAAUGGCAGAUGCAAUCGACUUCAUGGUGGACAGGUUGGAGAGUCUGAACCAAAGAGAGUUAGCAUCGCGGCUAACACUCAACUGUCAGAACUCCUACGUGGAGCCACACAAAAUAAAAGAUGUUGCCGUGACCAUUAUAGAUGUGUUUGAUCAGAGCGCUCUGUCGCUGGAGGCCAAGGAGGAGAUGUAUAAAUUGUAUCCCAACGCCAGGAGAGCUCACCUGAAGACGGGAGGAAACUUCCCCUACCUGUGCAGGAGUGCUGAGGUCAACCUGUACAUCCAGAUCCACUUGCGUCAGUUCCACGGGACCCGAUACGCUGCCAUCAGUCCCUCGAUGGUGAGCGCUGAGGAGCUGGAGGUGAAGGAGAGCCAGCUGAGCGCGGACCAGGACUCGGACAACGACCAAUGAGACCUCUACCGGCCCACUGUUUCUCUUACCCGUCGUUUCACAGGACCUCCAGAUUUUCUAUGGAGCUCCACAGUCAAUCAGCGAGAAUAUUUUUAUUCCACAGAGGAAGCAAUAUUUUGAUAACAAGCUGGAGAUGAAUGGCAAUCGACUGCCUUGCUUUAGGAACUUACGACACCUUGCCUUAUGUGAAAUGUAUUUGGUAAUUGUUGCACUCAUAGACUGAGCUGUCUGUGUGUAAUAUAUAUUGUGACACAGCCAGCAGUGAACUGGUUUCCUUCUGACAGAAAAGUGAACACUGGCUUUGAAAAGGGUUUCAUUCAACCUGAUGAAUUUGUUUUUCCACUAGUGUCUCAGUGCGAGUCUACAUGAUGACUGUGCCGUGGAUCCGGCCAGCCGGCGAACUGCCAAAGCCGGAAAUCAUAUCUGUCUCUACACACAUGAACUAUUCACAUCUCCGAAUACUCCUGUAGAUAGGCUUCAAUAAAAGACAAUGAUGUGCUGUGCCUUUUUAUAAAAGAUAAUUUACACAUUCUCUAUAAAAUAGUUUGUUUCUUGCGGAUGAAUGUUAAAGUCUGCAGAUGUCGUGUGCAACCAGAUGUUUCAUUUCUUUAAUCACAGCGACAUAUUUAACAACGUGUAACACGAGAGCGAGUCCACAAUGUGUAAGCCUCUCUGGAUCCGUCUCUCCGCUGACUCAGGGACGAGCUGGGGAACCGGGGGGCCGUGCAGCAGCUCAAGGGACAGAAAGACCAGUCUUGUUGUAAAUUAUGUUCUUUCGCUUUGAAUUUCGUUUGUAUUCUUCUGGUUUUGCGCUUGAACCGCCUCCAACAUAGACCCUCACAUUCCACGUACAGGAAUGACAAAAAGGAAACGUACUUUAACGAUACAAAGUCUUAAGUUGCCCACGAAAAUACAAGUUACAACUGAAUGGAGACUCAAACAGGUCAAAUACACAGACUAACACACACAGUAACAAGGAAUCACCAGGACUGAAUGAACUUUAUUUAUGGAUUAACAGCUGAAAAUAAAGAAAAAUACAAUCAACAUGAA